AUGAAGCAAUUAAAGACCAACCUUGCGUCCUUGAAGAAUGGCGAAUGGCGAAUGGUGAAUGGUGAGACUACCUCAUUUCUAAAGGAGACAUAUGUCGAGGAGAUGGGAAUUCCUGGAAGAAUUUUAACCCCGAAAUAUGACGAGAUCAAGUAUCAUUUGGAAGUUGAGGAGGAUAUGAGGCUCUUCUGCAUAAUAUUCUCUCAUGAUUAUGAAUUCAGAGAAGAAACUCUAAUACAAUUGUGGAUAGCAAGAGGAACUAGCUUCACAAGUAAAAAGGACAAGUACAAAGAAAAUGUAGGCAUGAUUAAAGAGGAUGUUGCUAUUUUGAAGGUCAUUGAGCCUUCACUUGAUUCGUCAAAGGAUGAUCUUUCUAGUGUGAGACUUGGCAAGCGGCCCUCAUCUCGGUCAAAGGAUGAUAUUAAUCAGACUUUUGAAGAAGACCUGCAUGUGUCCUGGGUGGGUGAUGAUAUUGAUGAGAGAAGUAGUAAGGCCUUGAGGAAGAAAAUCUACAACUUGAAAGCAUUUUUUCUUUGUAAGAAUGCUUCCAGUAUCAAUAAAGUACCACGAUAUGUGUUUUUUGCUCUCAAGCUAGAGGUACUUCAUUUAGGUGGAACUCUCAUCAAAAAGUUGCCAGGUGAAAUAGGUAAUUUGGUGGAGCUAAGGUAUCUUGAUCUUUCAUUUACACCAAUUGAGGUAAUACCUGAUAACUUAAAAUGCCUUUCUAAGUUGGAAACCUUAAAUCUCAAUAAUUGUGAACGCAUGUUGAGGUUACCUGGAGAAAUGAGGAAGCUAACCUCCCUUGAACAUCUUGAACUUGAUGUCCUCGGCCAAUUAACAAUAAUGCCAAGAGGGUUGGGAGCACUUACAAGGCUUGAGAGCUUAUCUACAUUUCUGGUUCAUAAUGAUGAGGGUCGUAGAAUCAUAGAGUUGAAGAAUAUGGAUAACCUUAAGGGAAGUUUUUGCAUAUCAAAAUUGGAAAAUGUUGCAAAUCCUAGUGAGGCAGGGGAGGCCUCUCUGAGGAAGAAGAAGUUCAUAAAAGAGUUAGAGUUUAGGUGGAGUGACACACAAGGAAAAUGGGAUAUGAGUAGUAGCCAUCAUAAUGAGAUUCUUCAUUUUCUUCGCCUAAACUCCAACUUGGAGCAGCUAUGCAUAGCAUGUUAUGGUGGAAGAAACAUUAUGAAUUGGAUAGGCAAUCCUUCGUUUCACAUGCUCCCUAGCAUUACCCUCUUCAAAUGGUAUAAUGCUGAACUACUUCCUUGUUUGGGACAUCUACCGUCUCUCAACUUCUUAAGUUUUAUGGAAAUGAAUGUCGUGAAAGAGAUUGGAACUAAAUUUGGAGGGUCUAAAGAUGAAUCAUUUUGCAAGCUAGAGACACUUGAACUCAUUGGGUUCUCUCAAUUGGAAAGAUGGAAAGUUGGACACGAAAGCGAUUAUAAGCGUCUUUGCAAGCUCGUUAUAGAGCAAUGCCCAAAGCUGACUUCAGUUCCGUCAUCCCUUCUGCAACUCCAUACCCUCCAGCAUUUGGAAAUACUACAUUGUAAAUCUCUCACUUCAUUGCUUGAUAAACAAUUGUCGACUUCUCUGACUUAUUGUGGUUUCCCUGGGGAUUUUGCGACCCUAUAG